AUGGCUGACGCUGGCCCGCCUCCCACCACCGGACAGCUCCCCCCUCCACCUCAACCAAACGCAGGUGCGCCCGGCUACGAGAACGGUCAAAACAACAACUCGAAUCCCGCACAUAUGCCUCCCCCGCCGCUGCACAUCCCGCAAAACACCAAUCCCAUCCCUACGGCGAUUACGUCGCCCAUGGGUGGGAACGGUGAUACGAGCGGCAUCAUGUCGCCCACCAGCGCCGGCAACCCCUUCGGCCGCCGCGCCGCCCCCGAGCCCAACAAGCGCGCUCUCUACGUCGGCGGCCUCGACCCCCGCGUCACCGAGGACGUCCUGCGACAGAUCUUCGAGACGACUGGUCAUGUCCAGAACGUCAAGAUCAUUCCCGACAAGAACGUGGGUAAACCUGGCUCCCCCGAGCAGCCGCACGAUGCACAACAGCAAAAGGGCUACAACUACGGCUUCGUUGAGUAUGAUGACCCCGGUGCGGCUGAGCGUGCAAUGCAGACGCUCAACGGUCGCCGCGUGCAUCAGUCCGAAAUCCGUGUCAACUGGGCCUACCAGUCCAACAACCAGAACAAGGAGGACACCUCGGGCCACUUCCACAUCUUCGUCGGAGAUCUGUCCAAUGAAGUCAACGACGAGGUGCUGCUUCAGGCCUUCUCUGCCUUUGGCUCCGUCUCCGAGGCUCGUGUCAUGUGGGACAUGAAGACUGGUCGCUCCCGCGGCUACGGCUUCGUUGCUUUCCGUGACCGUCCUGAUGCCGAGAAGGCUCUCAGCUCCAUGGAUGGCGAAUGGCUCGGAUCGAGGGCUAUUCGUUGCAACUGGGCCAACCAGAAGGGCCAGCCUUCCAUUGCCCAACAGCAAGCCAUGCAGCAGAUGGGUCUUACUCCCACUACUCCCUACGGACACCACCAUUUCCCUACCCACGGAGUUCACAGUUAUGACAUGAUCGUCGCCCAGACUCCUGCUUGGCAGACGACCUGCUAUGUCGGCAACUUGACCCCUUACACCACUCAGAACGACCUUGUUCCCCUCUUCCAGAACUUCGGCUACGUUGUCGAGUCUCGCUUCCAGGCCGACCGCGGGUUUGCUUUCAUUAAGAUGGACACCCACGAGAACGCCGCCAUGGCCAUCUGCCAGCUUAACGGGUAUCAGGUUAAUGGUCGGCCUUUGAAGUGCAGCUGGGGCAAGGACAAGACGCCCAACCCUCAGCAGUUUGACCCCAACCAGCCCUAUAGCCCUCAGAGUGCCCAGACGCCUGGUUACCCCGGUACUCCUUCGACGUACUUUAACCAGUAUGGCAACUCUUACCCUGGCCAGCAAGCCAACUACAACGGCCCCCAGGCUCAGUCACCUGCCGGCUACGGAUCUCAGAUGGGCUACAACGGCCCGCCGAGCGCUGGAGGCUAUGGCCGUGGUCAGCCCGGUCCCAACGCCCAGUGGAACCAGCCGUCCCCAGCCCAGAACUUUGGUAACGGGUUUGGUGGCUACCAGGGGUAG